GGGAGCCAUCGAGCGAGAAGACCUCCUUGGAUCGAGUAUGGCGGAUCGCAGCCUCGAGAGCCUCUCUCUGCCGCUGGAGGUGAGAGCCCGCCUGGCCGAGCUGGAGCUGGAAUUGUCGGAAGAUCUAACACAAGACCUUACUUUUCCUGGCCACCUCCUGAUGAUGACACAGCCGGCUUUUUCUUGUGACAUCACGCAGAAGGGCUAUGAAAAGAAGAGAUCAAAAUUAAUUGGGGCCUACUUGCCACAACCUCCAGCGGCGAAUGGAGCUGCUGCGGUACGGUGUAGACUGCAGCACAGUGAAGGGGCCGCGAGAAGGACGCUCCGCACUAGCAACAUUGGGGUCUGUGACAUCCGGGAAGCAGCAGCUAGAGAGCGCUCAGCACCACACAGCACAGCGGCAAACCGGCCUCUGUUUUACUUUCGUUUUGGAGUGGAUCAAGCACUGCCACAAGAACGCCGAACCCCUGUUACUCCUUCCUCCUCCUCUCGAUACCACCGCCGCAGGUCUUCAGGGUCGCGUGAUGAGCGCUAUCGGUCAGAUGUUCAUACAGAAGCCGUCCAGGCAGCUCUUGCGAAACAUAAAGAAAGGAAGAUGGCAGUGCCUAUGCCAUCCAAGCGACGUUCAUUGGUGGUGCAAACGUCGAUGGAUGCCUACACACCUCCAGAUACCUCGUCUGGUUCAGAAGAUGAAGGCUCUGUACAGGGCGAUUCACAGGGAACUCCAACCUCAAGCCAAGGGAGUAUAAAUAUGGAACACUGGAUCAGCCAGGCCAUCCAUGGCUCUACCACAUCUACAACUUCCUCAUCUUCGACGCAAAGUGGUGGCAGUGGUGCCGCGCAUAGGCUAGCUGAUGUAAUGGCGCAAACGCAUAUAGAAAAUCAUUCCGCGCCUCCAGAUGUUACCACGUACACCUCAGAACACUCAAUACAAGUAGAAAGACCACAAGGUUCAACAUCAAGGGUGGCGCCAAAAUAUGGAAAUGCUGAACUUAUGGAAACUGGUGACGGAGUUCCAGUAAGCAGCAGAGUGUCGGCAAAAAUUCAGCAGCUGGUCAACACCCUAAAGCGACCGAAACGGCCACCAUUACGGGAGUUCUUUGUAGAUGAUUUUGAAGAAUUAUUAGAAGUUCAACAGCCAGACCCAAACCAACCAAAGCCGGAGGGAGCUCAGAUGUUGGCGAUGCGUGGGGAACAGCUGGGCGUGGUCACAAAUUGGCCUCCGUCUCUCGAGGCAGCCUUGCAACGAUGGGGGACAAUUUCUCCGAAAGCUCCUUGCUUAACCACUAUGGACACCAAUGGAAAACCACUAUAUAUUCUCACUUACGGCAAACUUUGGACCCGUAGUAUGAAAGUCGCUUACAACAUACUGCAUAAAUUGGGCACAAAGCAAGAACCGAUGGUACGGCCAGGAGACAGAGUAGCGCUAGUAUUUCCCAACAAUGACCCUGCUGCUUUCAUGGUAGCAUUUUAUGGCUGCCUGCUUGCAGAAGUUGUUCCUGUUCCUAUUGAAGUGCCACUUACCAGGAAGGGGACUCCUCCUUCUGUCUGGAUUUUCAUAGAAGCCAAACCAAAUGAGAGCUCAUUUCUGAAGACUUUUCUUGCAAAAGAUGCAGGAAGCCAACAGAUAGGCUUCUUGCUCGGAAGCUGUGGGGUUACUGUGGCCUUGACUAGCGAUGCGUGCCAUAAAGGACUGCCUAAAAGCCCUACUGGGGAAAUACCACAGUUUAAAGGCUGGCCAAAGCUGCUGUGGUUUGUCACGGAAUCAAAACACCUUUCGAAACCUCCUCGAGACUGGUUCCCACAUAUCAAAGAUGCAAACAAUGACACAGCUUACAUUGAGUACAAAACGUGUAAAGAUGGAAGUGUUCUUGGGGUGACUGUGACGAGAAUUGCACUACUGACCCACUGUCAAGCUCUUACACAGGCCUGUGGAUACACAGAAGCUGAAACAAUUGUGAACGUAUUAGAUUUCAAGAAAGAUGUAGGCUUAUGGCAUGGGAUUCUUACGAGUGUUAUGAACAUGAUGCAUGUCAUAAGCAUCCCGUAUUCCUUAAUGAAAGUUAACCCACUGUCAUGGAUACAGAAAGUCUGCCAGUACAAAGCAAAAGUUGCUUGCGUAAAAUCCAGGGAUAUGCACUGGGCAUUAGUGGCACAUAGAGAUCAACGGGAUAUCAACCUCUCCUCACUCCGGAUGCUAAUAGUUGCUGAUGGCGCCAAUCCAUGGUCUAUAUCUUCUUGUGAUGCGUUUCUUAAUGUCUUCCAAAGCAAAGGCCUAAGACAAGAAGUCAUCUGUCCUUGUGCUAGUUCACCAGAGGCGCUCACAGUGGCUAUUAGAAGGCCAACAGAUGAUAGCAAUCAACCGCCAGGCCGAGGGGUCCUAUCCAUGCACGGUCUUACCUACGGUGUCAUUAGAGUGGAUUCUGAAGAAAAGCUUUCUGUUCUAACUGUGCAGGAUGUUGGCUUGGUCAUGCCUGGAGCCAUAAUGUGUGCCGUAAAGCCGGAUGGGGUUCCUCAACUCUGUCGAACAGAUGAAGUAGGUGAACUCUGCGUUUGCGCUAUUGCAACAGGUACAUCUUAUUAUGGACUCUCUGGGAUGACCAAAAACACGUUUGAGGUGUUCCCUAUGACCAGUUCAGGUGCACCAAUAAGUGAAUACCCUUUUAUAAGAACCGGGCUCCUUGGCUUUAUUGGCCCUGGUGGACUCGUUUUUGUUGUUGGCAAAAUGGAUGGUCUGAUGGUCGUCAGCGGACGAAGGCACAACGCGGAUGACAUUGUAGCCACAGCGUUGGCGGUGGAACCAAUGAAGUUUGUCUACAGGGGAAGAAUAGCAGUGUUUUCGGUGAGCGUCCUGCAUGACGAGAGGAUAGUCAUCGUUGCUGAACAGCGGCCGGAUUCUACGGAGGAAGACAGCUUUCAGUGGAUGAGCAGAGUGCUGCAGGCUAUAGACAGUAUUCAUCAAGUGGGGGUUUACUGCCUAGCCCUGGUACCAGCAAACACACUCCCAAAGACUCCUCUAGGUGGAAUCCAUUUAUCAGAAACAAAACAGCUUUUCCUUGAAGGUGCACUCCAUCCCUGCAAUGUGUUGAUGUGUCCACACACCUGUGUAACAAACCUGCCUAAACCAAGACAAAAACAGCCAGAAAUUGGCCCUGCCUCUGUGAUGGUGGGGAAUCUGGUCUCUGGAAAAAGAAUUGCUCAGGCAAGCGGCAGAGAUUUGGGGCAAAUAGAAGAUAACGAUCAAGCCAGAAAGUUCCUAUUUCUCUCGGAAGUCUUACAAUGGAGGGCGCAAACAACUCCAGACCAUGUGCUUUACACACUACUAAAUUGUAGGGGCACAAUAGCAAACUCUCUAACGUGUGUUCAGCUACAUAAACGAGCUGAAAAGAUUGCAGUUAUGUUGGUGGAACGGGGACAUCUACAAGAUGGUGACCAUGUUGCUUUGGUCUACCCACCAGGGAUAGAUCUGAUUGCUGCAUUUUACGGGUGCUUAUACGCGGGCUGCGUGCCAAUAACCGUUCGACCUCCACAUCCACAGAACAUUGCAACAACGUUGCCUACAGUGAAGAUGAUUGUGGAGGUGAGUCGCUCUGCCUGUUUAAUGACGACACAAUUAAUAUGUAAAUUGUUACGGUCACGAGAGGCGGCGGCGGCGGUGGAUGUCCGAACAUGGCCUCCUAUAUUAGACACAGAUGAUUUGCCAAAGAAGCGGCCUCCUCAGAUCUACAAACCGUCUAACCCUGACAUGCUGGCUUAUCUCGAUUUCAGUGUAUCCACGACUGGAAUGCUAGCCGGGGUGAAGAUGUCUCACGCAGCCACUAGUGCCUUCUGUCGUUCUAUUAAGCUGCAGUGUGAGCUUUAUCCUUCUAGAGAAGUUGCUAUCUGUCUGGACCCUUACUGUGGACUUGGUUUUGUCCUUUGGUGCCUCUGUAGCGUUUAUUCGGGACACCAGUCUAUUUUGAUUCCUCCCUCAGAACUGGAGACCACGCCCGCUCUCUGGCUUCUGGCUGUGAGUCAGUACAAAGUGAGAGACACUUUUUGCUCUUACUCGGUAAUGGAGCUUUGUACGAAGGGGCUCGGUUCGCAAACAGAAUCUCUGAAGGCGAGGGGGCUGGACCUCUCAAGAGUACGGACGUGUGUGGUCGUGGCAGAAGAACGGCCCCGCAUAGCUCUGACACAGUCUUUUUCAAAGCUUUUUAAAGAUCUGGGCCUACACCCCAGGGCUGUCAGUACGUCAUUCGGCUGCAGAGUUAACCUGGCUAUAUGUCUGCAGGGAACAUCUGGGCCAGAUCCAACCACUGUGUAUGUUGAUAUGAGGGCCCUCAGACAUGACAGAGUCCGCUUAGUAGAAAGAGGAUCCCCUCAUAGUUUGCCCCUCAUGGAAUCAGGAAAGAUCCUCCCUGGCGUUCGUAUCAUUAUUGCAAAUCCAGAAACGAAGGGGCCCCUGGGAGAUUCUCACCUUGGAGAGAUAUGGGUUCAUAGCGCACACAAUGCCAGUGGCUACUUCACUAUCUAUGGUGACGAAUCCUUACAGUCGGAUCAUUUUAACUCAAGACUUAGCUUUGGAGACACGCAAACCAUCUGGGCGCGGACCGGCUACCUGGGAUUCCUGAGAAGAACAGAACUUACCGAUGCCAAUGGGGAGCGACAUGAUGCACUUUAUGUGGUAGGUGCGCUAGAUGAAGCCAUGGAAUUGAGAGGAAUGAGGUACCACCCCAUAGACAUUGAGACGUCUGUAAUUAGAGCACACAAAAGCAUUACGGAAUGUGCGGUGUUUACUUGGACAAAUUUGUUGGUCGUCGUUGUUGAGCUGGAUGGAUCAGAGCAAGAAGCCUUAGACCUGGUUCCUUUGGUCACCAAUGUGGUCCUGGAGGAACAUUACCUGAUUGUAGGGGUGGUGGUGGUGGUGGACGUUGGUGUAAUCCCUAUCAACUCCCGUGGAGAGAAACAACGUAUGCACCUACGAGAUGGAUUUUUGGCAGACCAACUAGAUCCCAUCUAUGUGGCCUACAACAUGUAGUCUUGUAUCUCUAAGGCUUCCAUGGACUUUACUCUAGAUGUAUAAAACUUUUUUUUUUGACGUUCACAAAACGAUGUGCUGAUAAGAAAGUGACGCUCUUCAGAUUGGAACUGUUUCUAUUGGGACUUACUGAGGCGCUCAUUAUUGGCAGGACAUAAAAUGUGAAAUGUGUUUCUUUUACCACUACAUUUUAGCACAGAAGGACUUUGGGGUACUGCCUUCAGUUUGUUGGAAAGACCAUUAUUAGACUUUUUAAAAAAAGAUUAUUUUUUGCUUAUUGGGAUGAUACCGCUUUCUAAGUAAUAUGGCUUUGUAUUUUAUGUUAAACUGAAGUAGCUAAUUUUUUUUUAAUCUGCCCUCCAAGUGGAUAUUUUUGAACAGCUCAUAAUGUGACUGAAUUGUUUUUUGGUUUGCUUGUUUUUAAAUGUCCAUAAAAAAUCUUUUCCGAUA